CAGACUCAGUCCGCAGGCCGUGUUCUCAGGGCUCCGCACGGAUACUCGGAUAUUACCGCCCCCUCUGCUGGAAGGAUCAUGCCUGCCGAUAGCAUGGAGAAACCCACUGCCUCCCCUAUUGCAGGGGCACCGGCCAGCUCUGCCCAGACCCCCGAUAAACCUAAGAGUGCCAGCGAGCACAGAAAGUCCUCCAAGCCCAUCAUGGAGAAGCGCAGGAGAGCUCGCAUCAAUGAGAGCCUGGGCCAGCUCAAGACGCUCAUCCUGGAUGCUCUGAAGAAAGAUAGCUCUAGACACUCCAAGUUGGAAAAGGCUGAUAUUUUGGAGAUGACGGUCAAACAUCUGAGGAACCUGCAGCGAGUCCAGAUGACAGCUGCUCUGACUGCAGAUCCCUCAGUCCUUGGAAAGUACAGGGCAGGAUUCAAUGAGUGCAUGAAUGAAGUCACCCGCUUCCUCUCCACCUGCGAAGGGGUGAACACCGAGGUCAGGACACGUCUUCUUGGUCAUCUCUCCAGCUGCUUGGGCCAGAUUGUGGCCAUGAAUUACCAACAACCACCUCCAUCCAGCCAACCCAUGCAUGUCCAGCUGCCCUCAGCACCAGUCUCCUCCGCUCCGGUACCCAUGCCCUGCAAGAUGACCACCGCCGAGGCCGUAUCUCCUAAGGUCUUCCAGGGAGGUUUCCAGCUGGUUCCAGCCACUGAUGGACAAUUUGCAUUCCUUAUCCCUAACCCAGCUUAUGCCUCCAGCCCUGGACCUGUUAUCCCUCUCUACGCCAAUGGAAAUGUCACAUCCAGCGGUGGAGCUCAAGCCCCAUCUCCAGUGCAAGGACUCACCACCUUCAGCCACAAGAUGCCCCACUUGUCUCAGUCAGUAAGCCCUCUGGGGGUCAGCACUGGACCUGACACCGAGUCUGUCUGGAGACCCUGGUGAAGCCAUCCAUAAGACUGUAUUGAUUGGUUCCGUUGUAUGGGACCUUGCCCUAGAGACAAUCUAACCUAUUUAUUUCCACAUAGGAGGAACUUUUUAUGAUGAAAAUCUUGUAUAAAUGACCAAUUUUGUAAUAAGACAGAAUUUUUUUUAAGUUUUGUACAAUUGGUACAAAUAAUGUGUAAUGCCAAAGUUCUUGUGGUGUUUUUGUGUCAAAAACUUCCCAAACUUGCAGGAGUUUUAUAAAAUAAACUCUUAAAAAUGUA